AUGACAGCAAGGAAGGCGCAGAGAAGUUGGUGUUUUCUUAUUUUAUUCUGCAUUAUUCCUAGUUCUCCCCAGCAAUGUGUGACCACAGACUUUAAAAAGAAGGUCAGCGGCAAACUGAAUGAAAAUUCUUUCAAGCCUCUGUUUUCUAUACAAGAGAACAGUUAUGGGAUACUGUUUCACAAAUGCUUGUAUUAUUGUGAACAGGACAAACGGUGCAUUGGGUUUCAGAUCUGCAAAGUGUCCGAGAGUUUGUUUCAAUGUCAAAUAUGCUGCCAUUGGAGGAAAAUUGUUGGGUACACUGUUACAAAAACGCCUGACUGUAAAUAUUUUGAAAAGGAAUUCAACUUUGCAACAAAUUUAGCGAGAAAUAAAACAACCACAUUAAGCUCCACACUUGAAGGUCACAUUUCAUCGAACGCUGUUGACGGAAACACGGAUUGCGAUGAGGAGAAUUCAACAGCUGCCUCAAGAAACACAUUUAAACCACAUCUUUUAAUUCAGCUGGAUGGUACAUACACUAUAGAAAGAAUAGUUAUCCACGCUAAGCGGCUCGAACUUAAAUACGAUUUAGGCGCUGGACUUUCCACAACCUUUAGUCAUGCAGAUAACAUCGUUGUUAACAUUACCGACGAGACGAUGAACCGCACACAUGAAUGUGGAGGAAAAUAUCCGGGUCCAACCGGUACCCGUGACGUCAUCCUCUUCUUGUGUCCACCUGGAACACGUGGCAACAGCAUCACGGUCAAGAAAAUAAAAAGAAGUUUUCUGAUGAGUUUGUGUGAAGUUGAGGCGUAUGGACAUAUGUAAUUAUUUUAAACUUUUUAGAAGCUCUUAACAUUCGUGUAUGUUCAAAAACAAAUUUUCAAAACUGCUUUGCUGAUAAAUAAAGACUCAUAAAUAAUCGUUAUAAUAAAUAAAGUUUUUAAAAAAUAUAAAUAUUUAUCGAAAAAUGUUUAUUUAAGAAAAAUAUACCAACAAGAUUCAACUAUUUAAAUUC